AUGGCACCCAACAUCCCCAAAUUCUCCGACCUACCUCUAGACAAAAAAGGUCCCCAUCACAACGCCUGGGGCCUGUACGGCAAAGACGACGAACUCGGCACGCUGAACCGCCUAAGCGACUCAAUCGUCAAAGCGGCCGCCGACGAAAUCACGACCGGCGUACGCAUCAACAUCGACUGGCCGCUCGACGCGCAAGGCGACCUGCCCUUCUUCGGGCGUCAGCAGUUCCACAAAGAAGUCUACCAAAAGGCGCCGCGCAUCGUCAACGACGACGUCUGGACUUUCAACACGCAGUCGUCGUCGCAGUGGGAUGGACUGCGGCACUUCGCGUACCAGAAGGAGGCCAAGUUUUAUAAUGGGUUGACGCUCGAUGAUAUUCAUGGGACGAAUGGAGUCGAGAAGACGGAUCUCCUUGGUAUCGGCGCUGUAGCUGCGCAGGGCGGGAUAUGCGGGCGAGGAAUCCUGCUUGACUACCAUGAAUGGCGCAUCAAGCAGGGGCGCGCACACGACGCUUUCGACACGGCGAGCAUUUCCGUCGAAGACCUCAAAGCCGUCGCCGCCUCGCAAGGCACCGAGAUCAAAUUCGGCGACAUCCUCAUCAUCCGCUCGGGCUACAUGCACGCUUACAACCAACUCUCGCGCGCGCAAAUCGAAGCUUUGCGUCAAAAGACGCCGCUGCGCUUCACGGGGAUCGAGCAGAGCGAGGACAUGAUCCAGUUCUUGUGGGAGAACUUCUCCGCUGCGGCCGGCGAUCACCCGAGUUUGGAGGCGUGGCCGACGCAGAAGGAGUAUGCGCUGCACGAGAUUCUUUUGGCAGGAUGGGGCAUGCCGAUUGGGGAGCUGUUUGAUUUGGAGAAGUUGGGCGCGCAUUGUAAGGAGGUGGGCAAGUGGAGUUUCUUCUUGGUUUCCCAGCCUACGUAUGUGCCCGGUGGAGUUGCCAGUCCGCCGAAUGCCGUGGCGAUUUUUUAA